AUGGAAAAUGCUGAAAAUGUACCACACAUUUGCAUACAUAACCAUUCUUGGAUGGAAAUUGCUGCACAUGCCUACCUAGAAAACCUUUCCGAGUGGAAUUGGUGA